AUGCCCUUAUCUUUCUACAAGGCCAUUAGACUUCUCAAGAAAAGAUCCAAAGCUAGACCCAUCAUGGACCUUAAUGAACUUUAUACAAAAUUUAUGUCAGGGGGAAAAGGAAAGGCCCCCAAGCAUGCCUCUAUUAUCUCUCCCACAUCAAAAGCUGGGCACACCGUCAAUUUCGGGAAAUCUUUGGGUGUAGUCUUCGAAGGUUUAGCUCUUUCUUCAGUUUUGGUAGCUGGUUGGUGGUGCUUCUUCCUUAUGACUUUAUCGAUCGAGAUUGCUUCUAGCCUUGUGCGACCUUUCUCCUUAGAAGAAAUUAAAUUGGCAGUUUGGGAUUGUGACAGGACUUUAAGCGAUGGAUCUUGAUCGGUUGAAAAUUCAUCGGUGAAAAUAUCAGUGUUGAAUUUUGCACUAUUAGCGACGAAAUUUUCUAUCGCUAAUAGUUUAUUUUUUCGUAGUGAUAAUUUGUCGUCCCUAAUUUUAACUAAAUCAAACUUCAUUCUCUCA